AUGUCGCUCUUCUCCCCCCGGUCGACCAGCGCGAGCCCUGAGCCCAAGCGGUCAGGAUGGCGCUUCUUUGCAACAGCUCCCCUCCCUCCCCUCCCUGCCAUGCCCGCCGUUCCCCGCCUUCGCACCUCCCAAUCCGCCUCAGCCAUUCCCUCAACCACAACGCGAGGCCACUACCGGACACACUCGUCGCUCGCCGGAGUCGCCGAUGCCGACUUCUCUCCCUCCCUCGGAUCAGGCGCACAGGUUGUUCGGACCCCCAGCGAGGCUCGGAGGGGGAUCAUGAAGGUCCGCACCAAGCCUCCUGCCCCCGUCCUUGCCUCCAUCCCGCAGACGCCCGAUCUGCCCAUGAUGGAGGACUGCGACAGGCGGGUGUCUAUCUGCGCCCCGCCGCGUCCUCUCCCGCCGGUCGCAGAGGCAAAGGUGGUGCACAAAGCGACGUCAAUGGCGAAUUUGGGGAGCAAGGACAGGGAGAGAACACGAACAAGUGUCAUCCCGCCCACCCCCUCCCCAGCUGUCCCAUCUCAAUCGGCUAUGCGGCGCGCCUCAUCCCUUCGGGCUCCCGUUAUCACCACGCCGGUCGCUACUCCCUCCCCCUCAUCCAUUGCUUUCUCCGCUACACUCCUUGACAUCGUUCAACGUCCCGCUCCCACCACGACCGACCAGGUCUUCAUCAAGCUCGAAUUCGGAUUCUCGCUGGCCGAGCGGUCCGACACUUCGGCCAUUACACUCCCUUUGGAGACCCUCCAGCGGGCUGGCGGGUAUCUCGAGCGGCUCGUCCGAGGUCAUUUGGAGGAUAUGAAGGACAGGGCGGAUAGGGUGGCGGAUGAAGAGAGGGGACUGAGGAUCGUCUCGGACGUUCCAAGCUAUGGGAGCAAACCGGGGAUGACGGAUGGAGAGAGCGGGACCGAAUCGGAUCUGGAAACUGAGGAGUACGGGUCCAGCGCUCUUCUCCGUGAUGAAUACCUCAAGUCCCUUUGGGCACCAUCACCGACGCUCCCCUCUUUCGAUAAACCACCCUCAACGACAAAGGCCCGCGAAUCCCGGUACUAUACCCCUCCCAAGAAUCGCGCGUACAUCCGGAACCAGUACAGCCAGACCAACGCGUACCCGUCCCCCUCCUCCCCACUCUUACCCUAUACCGCGCCCCUUGCGCUCCGCCGGCGAGCGACAUACCUCGUCCUUCCCUCCACGGCGCCCCGGGGAUCCGUCGUCGAGAUCAAGAUCCUGCUCAUGCGCGAUGCGUCGUCCUGGCACUAUAUCACGGCGAGGCUGGUCCAGGGCACCUGGGCUCGCAUGGACGAGCGGAAAGCACAGAGCGUGGUGGAUGAGCUGGGAUGGGCGGGGAUGGUAGCCCUGGCGGCAGAGCUGAGCUCUAAGGAGUCUGUGGGGGAUAAGCGGCAGUCGGAGAGGACUCCGACACCCCGCACGGCCGAGACGCCACCGAGGCAUAAGCGGAUGAGCUCGAAGAGCGUCAAGGGGGAUCCAAGCGGCGUGAGGGCGGGCGGCACGGGGUAUCUCUAG